GGAAGAUCAUUCAAUGAUGGGAGAUGAAUUGUCUCAAUUAACUGGUCGUUACCCCGGGUUGUACUUUUGGCUCCAGGUUUCCGUUCCAGAGUCAAGUAUCUAUAUGUCUAUCCAUAUAUGUAUAUAUACUGUGAUAGGAUCUAUCUCUAGGUCACGAGCUACACAACGUCAAAUGUAUACUCUAUCGUGAAGUGUAGGAGCACAGGGUUUCCUAACGCUGUGUAAAGCAACUUGUCUAGUAUGUUCCUGUAUGUUAUGCUAUGAUUUGAUGGUGGACAGUGAAUGACAAUUGAUCUAAAAUAUAUAA